AUGGAAGAUGAUGAUGUAGAGGAUGUAUCUGGUGUCUCUCUCUGUGGCUUUACUGAUCAAACAUCUACAGAUCUUCUGGUUUCUGUCUGUAAUAAAGAUCAGAAGACAUCAGUGAAUCUGCUGGACUGUGGGAUAGAAGUGAAACAAGAAGACACAGAAGCAGAUGAAGGUGAUUUGAUUUAUUCAGAUCAGAAAGCGGUAAAGGAGGAGCUCCGUGAAAUUGAGGAGAAUUCUCAUCAUUUGAUAUCCAAGGAAGAAUCUCUGAGCUGCUCGAAUACUGUGAGGAAUUUGUCACCUAAAAGAAAAAAAAAGAAAAAAUCAACAGCCAAGGAUGCUCUUAUUUGCCCUCAGUGCGGAAAGACCUUCACAUAUAAAUGUGAACUUAAUAAACACAUGAGUGUUCACACUGGAGAAAAACCUUACAGAUGUGAUCAGUGUGGAAAAACUUUCAUUAAUAAAUGGCACCUUAAAAAUCACACGAGAACCCACACUGGAGAAAAACCCUACACAUGUGAUCAGUGUGGAAAAACCUUCACUCGCAAGUCUAUCCUUCAUAAGCACAAAACAAUUCACACUGGGGAAAAACCUUACAGGUGUGAUCAGUGUGGAAAGAACUUCAAGAAUAAAUGGAACCUUUGUGUUCACAUGAGAAUCCACACUGGAGAAAAGCCUUACAGAUGUGAUCAGUGUGGAAAAAGUUUCAACAGUAAAUGUCACUUUAAUGACCACACGAGCAUUCACACAGGAGAAAAGCAUUACAGAUGUGAUCGGUGUGGAAAAAGUUUCAAUAAUAAAUGUCACCUUAAUUACCACAUGAGCAUUCACACUGGAGAAAAACCUUACAGAUGUGAUCAGUGUGAAAAGAGUUUUAUUCGUAAGUUCGAUCUCAAGAGGCACAUGAGUAUUCACACUGGAGACCAUACAGUAGGUGGCGGUAUGCACCUUUCAGUUGGUUUGCAACCCGCCAGUAAACCCACAAAAGAAGAAGAAGAAGAUGAGAAGCUCACAAUGUUCAUCAUGAGAGAUCAGAUGGAUGUGAUGUGCUGUAAAUCAGUAGGAACUGAUCUGUCCAUGCUGGAUAUUGAUGAUUUGAUGACAGAAAUCUCUCAGCUGAAGAAAGAGGUGGCGUUACUGGAGUCAAAGCUCAGACAGAGAGAUGAACUCAACACAAAGGAUGUAUCUGGUGUCUCUCUCUGUGGCUUUACUGAUCAAACAUCUACAGAUCUUCUGGUUUCUGUCUGUAAUGAAGACCAGAAGACAUCAGUGAAUCUGCUGGACUGUGGGAUAGAAGUGAAACAAGAAGACACAGAAGCAGAUGAAGAUUAUUUGAUUUAUUCAGACUUGAUAAAGCCAAAAGAAGAAAUCACAAAUGCAAGAGAACAGACAGAUCAAGAUCCGAAAGCGGUAAAGGAGGAAAUUUCACAACUCAAUGAAAUGGAGGAGAAAACUCAUCAUUUGAUACCCAAGGAAGAAUCUCUGAGCUGCUUGAUUACCACGAGGAAUUUGUCACAAAAGAAAAAGGCAAAAGCCAAAAAUGGUCUUAUUUGCCCUCAGUGCGGAAAGACCUUCACCUAUAAAUGUAAACUUAAUGAUCACAUGCAAGUCCACAAUGGAAAAAAACCUUACAGCUGUGAUCAGUGUGGAACGGCCUUCUCUCGCAAGUAUAGCCUUAUUGUUCACAUGAGACUUCACACUGGAGAAAAACCUUACAGAUGUGAUCAGUGCGGAAAGACCUUCACCUAUGCAUAUAAACUUAUUGAGCACAUGAGAAUUCACACCGGAGAAAAUCCUCACAGAUGUGAUCAGUGCGGAAAGACCUUCAGGAAUAAAUGGAACCUUACUGAGCACAUAAGAACCCACACUGGAGAAAAACCUUACAGAUGUGAUGAGUGUGGAAGGACCUUCAAGAAUAAAUGCUACCUUAAUGUUCACACGAGAACCCACACUGGAGAAAAGCCUUAUAGCUGCGAUCAGUGUGGAAGAACCUUCAAUCACAAGUCUUGCCUUAAUACUCACAUAAGAAUUCACACUAGAAAUUAUUCUGACAGAUGUGAUCAGUGUGGAAAGACCUUCAAGAAUACAUUCUACCUUAAUGAACACAUGAAAAUUCACACUGGAGGAAACCCUUUUAGAUGUGAUCAGUGUGGAAAGGGUUUUAUGCGUAAGUACGAUCUCAAAAGGCACAUAAGAAUUCACACUGGAGAAAAACCUUUUAGAUGUGAUCAGUGUGGAAAGGGCUUCACUAAUAGAUGGCCCCUUAAUGAGCACAUGAGGUAUCACACUGGAGAAAAACCUUACAGCUGUGAUCAGUGUGAAAAGAGCUUCAUUCGUAAGGCACAUCUCAAAAGCCACAUGAGAAUUCACACUGAAAAAAUGUUCAUCAUGAGAGAUCAGAUGAAUGUGACGUGCUGUAAAUCAGUAGGAACUGAUCUGUCCAUGCUGGAUAUUGAUGAUUUGAUGACAGAAAUCUCUCAGCUGAAGAAAGAGGUGGCGUUACUGGAGUCAAAGCUCAGACAGAGAGAUGAACUCAACACAAAGGAUGUAUCUGGUGUCUCUCUCUGUGGCUUUACUGAUCAAACAUCUACAGAUCUUCUGGUUUCUGUCUGUAAUGAAGACCAGAAGACAUCAGUGAAUCUGCUGGACUGUGGGGUAGAAGUGAAACAAGAAGACACAGAAGCAGAUGAAGAUCUGAAAGUGGUAAAGGAGGAAAUUUUACAACUCAAUGAAUUGGAGGAGAAACCUCAUCAUUUGUUACCCAAGGAAGAAUCUCUGAGCUGCUCGAUUACUGUGAGGAAUUUGUCACCUAAAAGGAACAACAACCAACAAGCAACAACCAAUAAUACUCUUAUUUGCCCUCAGUGUGGAAAGACCUUCACAUAUAAAUCUGGACUUAAUGAACACAUGAGAAUUCACACUGGAGAAAAACCUCAUAGAUGUGAUCAGUGUGGAGCGACCUUCACUCGCAAGUCUAACCUUAAUGUUCACAUGAGACUUCACACUGGAGAAACACCUUACAGCUGUGAUCAGUGUGGAAAGACCUUCAAGAAUAAAUCAAACCAUAAUGUUCACAUGAGAAUUCACACUGGAGAAAAGCCUUACAGAUGUGAUCAGUGUGGAAAGAGUUUCAUGCGUAAAAUCAAUCAUAAUGGGCAAAUUAGUCUUCACACUGAAGAAAAGCCUUAUAGAUGUGAUCGGUGUGAAAAAAGUUUCAUGUGCAAGAUCGAUCAUAAUGGGCACAUCAGAAUUCACACUGGAGAAAAGCCUCAUAGCUGUGAUCAGUGUGGAAGAACGUUCACUCACAAGUAUAGCCUUAUUGUUCACAUGCGAGUUCACACCGGAGAAAAACCUUACAGCUGUGAGCAGUGUGGAAAAACCUUCACUCGCAAGUCUGAUCUAAGGAAGCAUACGAAAAUUCACACUGGAGAAAAACCUUACAGCUGUGCUCAGUGUGGAAGAAAGUUCACUCACAAGUAUUGCCUCAUUGUUCACAUGAAAGUUCACACUGGAGAAAAACCUUACAGAUGUGAUCAGUGUGGAAGAAAGUUCACUCACAAGUAUUGCCUCAUUGUUCACAUGAGACUUCACACUGGAGAAAAACCUUACAGAUGUGAUCAGUGUGGAAGAAAGUUCAAUCGCAAGUCAGGCCUUCGUGUUCACAUGAGAGUUCACACUGGAGAAAGACCUUACAGCUGUGAUCAGUGUGAAAGAACCUUCACUCGCAAGUAUUGCCUUAAUGUUCACAUGAUAAUUCACACUAGAGGAAACCCUUUUAGAUGUGACCAAUGUGGAAAGACCUUCAAGAAUAAAUGGCACCUUAAUGGUCACAUGAGAAUCCACACUGGAGGAAAGCUUUAAAAAGCCUGUCAAAUAUGAGAUAAUGAUAUUAAGUGAAUGCUCCUAGCAUGUACUGUAUUAUAUGAUCAUUAAACACUUUAGCUUCAAAUCAGCUUAAUCCCAGCCUCAGGUCAUUCAGAAAUACUGGUUUGUUGGCAGAAUCCAUUAAGAGUAAGAUAAAAAUGCUCAUUGGCAUUGUUAGGCCAUUUUAAGGGGGGCUAAUAAACCUGUUUGCAUGGUUUAUGGUAAAAAUACAUUAUUUUCCAUAUACCGUACAUUUUUGUAGCUUCAGAUAUCCUGGAAAGGAUAAAUCGUGCCAUCGUUUACUUAGGGAUUGUACUUUUUGCAUAUCGUUAAUGUACUAAUUCACACUUACAAACCAAAGAAAAUGUAAAUCAUGAAUUGGAGAAUAGUUGCUCUUUAAAGUGCGCUAUUGUUGGGUAGAAAGUGCCAUGGCACGCAUACAAUGCGUAUAGCUUUUAUUCAAGGCGGCAGUUUGGUCCAACACAGUAAAUCUCAUCAUCAUACAGUAAGAAAUUAACUUUAGAAAUAAAAACAUGGAGUUGAGUUUUGUUAUAAAACAAUAAAAAGUGAAAGAGAAAGCCAAAUCUAUAAUCUUUAUUCAGUCUAUGCUCAGUCUAUUCACAUUUUUAGACUUUAUUCAGGAAAUGUAAAAUCGUGAAUCAGAGGAUAGUUGCUCUGUAAAGAGGACCUAUGGUCUGAUUCACGUUUUACUUUGUCUUUUUUAGUACAUGUUAAUGAUAUGCAAAAAUUUUUUAAACUGUAAUAAUUGCUCAUUUUAAAGUAAUAUUAUUUGUAUUUAACAUCAACUUAAAUUUUUUUGUACGUUUCACGCUUAACUCUAACUAUGAUUUACUUAAUAUUUUUAUUU